CCUCCCAGCCCUUGGCAAUCUGACUAAUAACAAACUGAGCUAACAAGAAAGACUAGAAAGGGAGGAAGAGAACAUUGCUGCAGCUAGAUCUACAAUCUAAGAAAGCAAAAGUGAUCAGUUCCAGCUCUGUUCAACAUCUUGUUUAUUUUCUGCAUCCAGCAGCUUGUAAAUGGUUAACUAUAUGCAAAAAGAGUCAGCAUAGCUGAGAAGUAUGCCGUGAAUUCUAAUUGGGAGAAAACAGGACAACUGCUUCAGGAUGAUCUAGUGUGCAUUUGACUUGAAAUAUUCUCAAUGAAAUCCUCAGCGUUUUCUCUUUGACCAGAGGCUCCAACUUUAUGAAGCAGUGGGACUUGCCAAAAAGUGAUAUUUGAGAAGAAACUGUGAGUGACUAUUUUCUUUCCUGAACUGAAUUUACUUUGAACAUCUCUUCCAGCUGUGCAUUAAAGAUAUCGUCAGGAAGACUUCUUUACAGUAUCAGCGUCUGUCACAUGACAACAUGAAGCUGUGGAUCCAAAUGUUCUGUUCAUCUCUCCUCACUUAUGUAUCUUCACAAUCUGAAUCUCCAGUGUCCUCAGCCAGAGGAUCCUGUGAUUCUCUUUGCAGCUGUGAGGAGAAAGAUGGCACAAUGCUGAUAAAUUGUGAAGAUAAAGGCAUCACGGAGUUACCUCAAAUAAGUGUGCCACCAUCAAGACCUUUUCAUCUGAGUUUACUAAAUAAUGGCCUGACAGAACUUCACGCAAAUGACUUUUCUGGGCUGACCAAUGCUCUCUCAAUACACCUUGGAUUUAAUAAUAUUGCAGACAUUGAGACCGGUGCAUUUAAUGGCCUUGGCCUUCUUAAGCAACUGCACAUCAAUCACAAUUCUUUAGAAAUUCUCAAAGAGGAUACGUUUCAUGGACUGGAAAACCUGGAAUUCCUACAGGCAGAUAAUAAUUUUAUUACGGUGAUUGAACCAAGUGCCUUCAGCAAGCUCAAUAGACUGAAAGUGUUAAUUUUAAAUGACAAUGCUAUUGAGAGUCUCCCUCAAAACAUAUUUAGGUUCGUUCCUUUAACACAUCUAGAUCUGCGUGGAAAUCAGUUGCAAACAUUGCCUUAUGUUGGUUUUUUAGAACACAUUGGCCGAAUACUGGACCUCCAGUUAGAAGACAAUAAGUGGGCCUGCAACUGUGACUUAGUAGAGCUGAAAACAUGGCUGGAGAACAUGCCUCCACAAUCUGUGAUUGGUGACGUUGUGUGCAACAGCCCUCCGUCUUUCAAAGGAAGCAUUCUAAGUCGACUGAAACAAGAAUCCUUUUGCCCCACUCCUCCAGUAUAUGAAGACCACGAGGAUCCUUCAGGAUCACUGCACCUGGUGGCUACAUCUUCCACAAAUGAUAGUCGCAUGUCAGCCAAGACCACGUCUCUUUUGAAAUUACCCACCAAAGCACCAGGUUUGAUUCCAUAUAUUACCAAGACAUCCACGCAUCUCCCAGGCCCAUAUUGUCCUGUUCCUUGCAACUGCAAAGUGCUCUCUCCAUCAGGACUUCUAAUACACUGUCAAGAGCGCAAUAUUGAAAGCAUAUCUGAUCUAAAACCUCCUCCACAACAUCCUAGAAAGCUCAUUUUAGCUGGGAAUAUUAUUCAUACAGUAGUGAAGUCGGAUCUAACAGAAUACUUUACUUUGGAAAUGCUUCACUUGGGUAAUAAUCGCAUAGAGGUUCUUGAAGAAGGAUCAUUUAUGAACCUAACAAGACUACAGAAGCUCUAUCUAAAUGGGAACCAUCUGACCAAAUUAAACAGAGACAUGUUCCUUGGUCUCCAUGAACUUGAGUACUUAUAUCUUGAGUACAAUGCUGUCAAAGAGAUAUUGCCUGGAACCUUUGACCCAAUGCCUAAACUGAAAGUCCUCUAUUUAAAUAACAACUUACUGCAAGUUUUGCCACCACAUAUUUUUUCAGGAAUUCCCCUAAUGAGGAUAAACCUUAAAAACAACCAACUUAACCAUCUACCUGUGAGCAAUAUCUUGGAUGACCUUGAUUUACUUACUCAGAUUGACCUUGAGGACAACCCCUGGGACUGUUCUUGUGACCUGGUUGGAUUGCAGCAAUGGAUACAAAAAUUAAGUAAGAACACAGUGGCUGAUGACGUCCUGUGCGCGUCUCCCGAGCACCUCGCCAAAAAGGAAUUAAAAUCACUAAAUAGUGACCUUCUUUGUCCGGGUUUGGCCAAUAAUCCAUCAUUGUCAACUCAUACUAGUUAUGUAAUUGUCAGUACUCCUACAACCCCCACUACAGCCGAGAGUAUUUUUAGAUCACUCACUGAUGCUGUACCAUUAUCUGUUUUAAUAUUAGGACUGCUGAUUGUGUUCAUAACUAUAGUAUUUUGUGCUGCAGGGAUAGUGGUUCUUGUCAUCCACCGCAGGAGACGAUACAGAAAGAAACAGACUGAUGAGCAAAUCAGAGACAACAGUCCCGUGCAUCUCCAAUAUAGCAUGUAUGGACAUAAAACAACUCACCACACCACUGAAAGGCCCACUGCGUCAAUCUAUGAACAACAUAUGGUGAGCCCUCUGGUUCAUGUGUAUAGAAGUCCUUCCUUUGGACCAAAACAUUUGGAAGAUGAAGACGAGAGAAAUGAGAAAGAGGGUAGUGACACAAAACAUCUUCAAAGAAGUCUUUUAGAACGGGAAAAUCAGUCACCGCUCACUGGGUUGAAGUUGAAGUACAAAACCAAGGACCAAUCAACGGAAUUUUUACCUUUCCAGGAUGCCAGUUCCUUAUACAGGAAUAUUUUAGAAAAAGAAAGAGAACUGCAGCAGCUGGGAAUCACAGAGUACCUACGGAAAAACAUUGCUCAGCUCCAACCAGAGGUGGAGGUACAAUAUCCUGGAGCCCAUGAAGAGUUAAAAUUAAUGGAGACGCUCAUGUACGCGAGGCCAAGGAAGGUAUUGGUGGAACAAACUAAAAAUGAGUAUUUUGAACUCAAAGCUAAUUUACACGCUGAGCCUGACUACUUGGAGGUCCUGGAACAGCAAACAUAAUCAGAAUUUUAGGGCUGUGGCAGAAAUGUUGUGAUUCUGUCUUAAGUCCAUACCUUGUAAAUAAGUGCCUUAUGUGUGUGUGUGUGUGUGUCAUCCGUCAGAAGUUGAGUACAGCAGUAAUCCUAUGGGAAAAGAAGAAGAGAAGGAAGCUCAGGGAUCACUGGGAGAAGCCAUUACAUUGUUCCCAGCAGUCUUGUUUGUCUCCAAUUAGAGAAAUCCUUACAUGGCAAUCAUGUAUUGAUCAUAGUAUUAUAUUCAACAUCGAAAAGGUUUCAAUAUUUAGGUUGUUUUUUAUUUUCUUGAAUUUUUGUCAUGGAUCAAAAAUAAUUGGACUUUUUUUCAUUUUAAAUCAUAUUUGUUCAUGUAGCUUUACUAUGUAAGGAUACUAUUGUUUAUAUAGCCAGUAUAUGAACUACAAAAUGUCCAUUGUUGAACACACCUACAUUUCUGCAAUAAAGACAAAAAGAACUGGAACUUUAAAGUUGGGAAUAAUAAUAGAAGCAAAAGUAGCAGGUUGAAUAUUGUAGGGUGUAAGUCGCCUAAAACUUUGACCAUUUGAGAAUUUAAGAUGUUACCAUGCUUUCUGAAAUGAAAAAUAAGGAUUACUUGUUCAAAGGGUAUAAGUAGGCAAAUUUAUUUUCUGCACAGUUUGUGCAGACAAUCUUAUUGUCAAUGCUGCUGUAAGCUAAGGUAUUUGAUUUGUGCUCAAAGUUUCUUAUUCUUGGGUUAUUUUAAAAAUGCUACUGAUAUUCAACUGUAAAUAUGAUUAGUGCACCUAUUAAGUUUGGUUUCCUUCAUAGCAUUAAUCCUUUGUAAAUUUAAGGUCCCUGAUAGAUAAACGUUUUUGUGGCAAGUAAUAAUUCACAGGUAAAACAAAUAAGAAAAAAGUUAUUUUAUUUUUAUUGUUGUAUACUGAUAGUUGUCCUAAACUAGUAGUAAAGGCACAUCUAAGGGUAAGUGGUUUGUUUCCUUAAGAAUAGAGCAAUGUAGCUUUAUUUUCCAGAAAAUCUAGCUAGAUUUUUAUGAACUAUUUAUUCUGUACAGUUUUGUAUAUUUUUGGUUCACAAAGGUAAUUAUUCUUGGGUGCCUUUUAAAAUACUUAAAAAUGAUGCUCACUACAAUAAAACUAUAAAGAAAA